UCCCCAUACCCCUCUCUUUCUCCUUUCUUCCCUUCUUUCUCACUUAGCUUCCUUAUCAUCUUCUCUCGAUUAUUAAUAUUUAUGGAAGGCCUGCUCUGAACAAGGCACCUUGCUUUGUCCUCUGGGGGAUAAAUAAGUGACUCAUAAGCGCUCUCUCUGCCUUGCAUGUUUUAUUCUGAUAACCUAGUCCCUGUUCUGGUUUUGGUUAUGCUUUCAGGCGUUGCUCUGCUAGUUCUUGGCAAACCUGAAAGCCACUCAGUUAACAGUGUCCAGACCUCACACACCCUAACACACUGUUCCUCCUCCCUAAGAACGGGCAGCUCUCUUACCUCAGUCCUGAGCUGCCUUCCCAUACCUUUUCCCCCUCAGCCUGUGCCCAAGCUGGAGCCACUGGCUCCUGAUCCCUCUGUGGUGAUCACCAUGUUCCUCUGUCUUGCUUCCCAGGCUGCUUUAUUCUGCCUCUCCCUCCUUUUCUGAGCUGUUCUUUCUGAUUCCUCCUACUACUUCCUCUUCUCACUUUGACUCUUUUCCUGAUUCACAUUGGUUAUUCCCGAUGAGCCAGCUUACUGUGAAAAAAAGAAAAGUUCUAAUGAUCUGCUUCCUCUCUGCCCAUUGUUAUUUAUUCCAGGGAACAAAAUUUUGCUUCAGGAGCUACUUCCCUGCAGCUGAGGGUAAAAAGAAGGCAGCCUAGGUUCAUUUGUCCCUUUCCACAAUACUUACCUCUUCCUAAAGUCACUUCCCAACCACUAAACGGUAGGCACUAUAUUUAUUUUGUUAAAUAAGGAGGGGGAAGAGCAUGAAGGGUAGAGGAUGAGAUUCCACAUUGUCAUUUAAACCUUAUAUGCAGGUUAUAAAAUGUUAUGAUUUGAUUCAUUAUGAUUCAUCUCUGGAAUGAAAUUCAAAAUAGGUAUGUAUUCUAUUUGAAAAUUUCAUUCAUACAACUUAAUUUGGGAAGAAGUAGUCAGAAUUGCUAUAUAUAUACAUACAUAUAUAUAUAUAUAUAUGUCACAUUGACACAGCCAGAGUGUAUGUUCUCCUCACCCCAGCCAGUCUCUGGGAAGAUAGACUUAUUCCUCUCCAGCUAAUCAAAUUCAUGUCCUAGGCAAAGUUCUGUAGUCUUUGAGGGCUGCCUGGGCUUCUGGAGGUCUAGUCUGCAUCUAGGCUAUCUUUGUAUCCCAGCAACAAACAAUCAGGUGCAUAAUAGGGAUUCACUACAAAUGUACAGGAUAAAUCAAAAUGAAAAACUUUCUCUAGCCUCCUAUAAUCACUCUCCUGCUUAACUCUAGUGUACUUGCUGUCCGUACCACUCUUUCAAACUUUUUAAAUUAAUCUCUUUAAGGGUUAUUGCCUUAUUCUUCCCAUCCAGGUUGCCCAGUUCCUUGAGAAGGAUAGUGCUUCAUUUUUUUCUCCACAUUUCUUUCUAAUGCCUAAUAUGGAGAUGGUGUUUACAAAUAUCAUUGAUUUAAACACUUCCUUUUUUCUUGACAGCAGUUUCUGUUGGGAACCACCUUUAGAGAGCUGAUUUUGCAGAAGGUGCAGUUUUAAUUUUAAAACUUUAAAAUUUUUAAUUUAAAAAAAUUUUAUUUUUGGUUGCACUGGGUCUUUGUUGCAGUACACGGGCUUCUCAUUGCAAGUCUUCUCGUUGCAGACACCAGCUUUAGAGCACUUGGACUUCAGGUGUGUUACACAGCACGCGAGCUCAGUAGUUCUGGUGCAAGGACUUUUUGCUCCCCUGCAUGUGGGAUCUUCCAGAAUCAGAGAUCUAACCCUUGUCCCCUGCAUUGGUAGGCGGGUUCUUAACCACUGGACCACCAGGGAAGCCCCACAGUUUUAUUGUAAGCAUAUCUAUCUAAAAAAAAGCUCUGACUGCCAUGCAUUUCAAACAGAUAAAUUAUUAGCCCCCUGCUGCUUGGUUUGGUUCAAUCACAUUUACUGAGGAGUUGCUUUGAAUCUGAUAUUGAACCAGGCAAUAUUUCUGCCUCAUAGGAACAUUCAGAGAAGACAGGAGAUGCCUUGCUGCCUACCCUUGACCUGGAGAUAAUGCUUGUCCUCACCAGCUGGUCAUAGUCCCAGUCACAUGCCCUGGACCUUUCUGGAUGGUGACUUGGACCUUCUGCUUAGCUAGUGCAGCCCCCUUCUAGGUGCACUAAAUUGCUGCCUCCUCUCCCAUCCUUCACCCUCCUUUGUGAGCCAGAAUAGAUUUUGCAGCAAGUUAGGUUACUUGACUGAAAAGUCUGUACUGUCUUUUCAGUAAGCUUCAAACUAAUUUGCUUAAGAAGUAAAUAAUAUGCAAAUGUGAAAUAAAUGCUGGUAAGGCUAAUAACAGGGAUUUCAAGCUGUGUUGUAACAAACCAGUCACAGAGCAUUCACGUGUUAAUUCACUGGCAUGUUCUCUGGCAUAAGCACCCCCAUCUUUCCUUCCCCCAUUCCAACUGUUGUGCUGCAGCAGAAUUUGGUCUGAGUCUGGGCAGAGUCCCUCUUGAAAAGCAGCCCUCCAGCUUCUAUUACAGCAAGAGUCUGGUGAAAGUGAUUCUUGCUUUCCCCUCGCACACAAAGGCAAGGAGCUCUUUAAAGGGACCUUCCUGCUCCUCCAUGCAGCCGCAAACCGUGUGGGUAGGGAUUCAAUGACCCAGGCUUUUGCCUGAAAAUGAAUGGGGAGGGGUCUUGAGGAGCUCCUAGGACCUCCCGGAGUGGGCCAGGGAGGGAGCUGACAGCCUGAGUGGAUGGAGAGCACCGGUCCCUGGGGAGCGGCUUGCCAUUAGCUGCUUCUUGGGAUGCUCCACGCGCCAGUAGAGCAUCCUGCCUUUGGUCCAGAGGGUGCUAGCGGCGCAUCUUGCGGUAUGCCUGCGUGGAUUUGAGCCAUCGCCCAGAGGCGAACCCGCAUUCAGACACGGCGGACGGGCCUCUGCCAGGGCUGCGUGCAGUCAGCACGAAUGCUUAGCUCCAGGCGUCUGCCCAAGCCUCCCGACUACAUGGAUUUGGCUGUUUAAUCAAGCGAGAUUACUGCCUGGGAAGAUUUGCGAGCCUGAUCCGCGCUCCAGCUGCUGUGACAACUUAAGGGCUGGCUGUUUACUUCUGUUGGUGUCUGGGACUCUGUCCUGCACCGCAGCCACUCCUGCCACUUUCCCGGACUCGGAAGUCAGCCGCGAGGACUCCUCUGCCGGCAUUCCGAGGAAGAGGGAGCAAGGAGGGGUUAAAAGACGAGCAGACCCUCCCAACUGCUCGAUUUCUCCUGACUGCCUGUGUUCUGGGGUUCUGAGAGGGACCGUGCGGUGCCCGGGGAAGCAAUGCAAGUCUCCAUAGCCUGCACCGAGCAUAAUUUGAAGAGUCGGAAUGGUGAGGACAGACUUCUGAGCAAGCAGAGCUCCACCGCCCCCAAUGUGGUGAACGCAGCCCGGGCCAAAUUCCGCACGGUUGCUAUCAUCGCUCGCAGCCUAGGGACCUUCACCCCUCAGCAUCACAUCUCUCUCAAAGAGUCCACUGCAAAGCAGACUGGCAUGAAAUAUAGGAAUCUUGGAAAAUCAGGACUCAGAGUUUCUUGCUUGGGUCUUGGAACAUGGGUGACAUUUGGAGGUCAAAUUUCAGAUGAGGUUGCUGAACGGCUGAUGACAAUCGCAUAUGAGAGCGGAGUGAAUCUCUUUGAUACAGCCGAGGUCUAUGCCGCUGGAAAGGCUGAAGUGAUUCUGGGGAGCAUCAUCAAGAAGAAAGGCUGGAGGAGGUCCAGCCUGGUCAUAACAACCAAACUCUACUGGGGUGGAAAAGCUGAAACAGAAAGAGGGUUGUCAAGAAAACAUAUUAUUGAAGGACUUAAGGGCUCUCUCCAGAGGCUGCAGCUCGAGUAUGUGGAUGUAGUUUUUGCAAAUCGACCAGACAGUAACACCCCCAUGGAAGAAAUUGUUCGUGCCAUGACACAUGUGAUAAACCAAGGAAUGGCCAUGUACUGGGGAACUUCUCGCUGGAGUGCCAUGGAGAUCAUGGAAGCCUACUCUGUAGCAAGACAAUUCAACAUGAUCCCACCAGUCUGUGAACAAGCUGAAUACCACCUUUUCCAGAGAGAGAAAGUAGAGGUUCAGCUACCAGAGCUCUACCAUAAAAUAGGAGUUGGAGCAAUGACAUGGUCUCCACUGGCUUGUGGCAUCAUCUCAGGAAAAUAUGGAAACGGGGUGCCUGAAAGUUCUAGGGCUUCGCUGAAGUGCUACCAGUGGUUGAAGGAAAGAAUUGUGAGUGAAGAAGGGAGAAAACAGCAAAACAAGCUCAAAGAUCUUUCCCCGAUCGCGGAGCGUCUGGGAUGCACGCUACCUCAGCUAGCCGUGGCGUGGUGCCUGAGAAACGAGGGUGUGAGUUCCGUUCUCCUGGGAUCAUCCACUCCUGAGCAGCUCAUUGAAAACCUCGGUGCCAUUCAGGUUCUCCCAAAGAUGACAUCACACGUGGUAAACGAGAUUGAUAACAUAUUGCGCAACAAGCCCUACAGCAAAAAGGACUAUAGAUCUUAAGGCAAUGCAUGGGCCACAAGGAGCUGCAUGGGUAAAACAGCGGUCUAUACAGGUACAGGAUGGUGUUACUAGCCAGUGUUUUGAAUCACUUAGCAGCCCACUGCUCAACCUCUAGUGUCCCUGGAUUCUGAGGUGUCUGCUAUCGCUACCACUGUGCACCUGAAAUUAUGAACAUACCUAAAAACUCACAAACAGGAAAAUCCAUUCUAUUUUCUUACCUUGGACUGGAGUCACCUAUUCUUACAUUGCUCUGUACACCUCAUGUUUAGGCAAAGUUAAGUAUAUGGCAGGGAAAAGACAUAUUACCUUCAGGCACUUAGUAACUUAAAAAAGGUUGGACGAAUAUAUUACAAAAUCCACAGAUUCAGCAUGGAUUGCAUCAGAAAGAGGAGGCUAUGUUCACUCAGAAGUCUUGCUUGAGAGAAUCAAACAAUUUUACUGAAUUUUUUUUUUUCUAUUUUCACAUUCACGUUUCAUAAAUUACUAUCUGCUUUCAUUAUCUUUUAGCGUUGCUUGGUCUCAAAAAUGGCCCUGUAUAGCAGUUUCUCCAAAGUGUCUGUUAGGAUUCUAAUAAUAAUAUGUUCAUUUACAUGGAGAGAUGAUAAGAGGAUGAAGACCCCCAUCUUUAACUACAGACAGUUUGGUUAAUUUACGAAAGCGAGAAUUAUACUGCUACAGAAGCCUUGCUUUGAAUAAAAUGUACCUGCAAUGAAGUAUUCAUUUUUUUCUACAUUUUACUAAAACCCGCUUUAUACUUUCUGACUGCUUGUAGGCACAGCUUCUGCAAGUUUAAAUAUUUGAGCUUUAAAAAUAAAUAUACACAUGCUCACUUUUGUAAGUAAACCUGUAAAAACACCCAGCAGGGCAAAUGUUUGCUGUUUAAUUAGCACUGGGAUUUUACAGCAUAAUGCUUGGUGUUUUUGACAUGAAAGUAAAUCAUGGGCUUGGUGAAAAUGCUGUCACUACUCAACAUAUGCUGGGUAAAGUAACACACCCAAAGAAAAGCAACUGUUAAAGAACUUCCCGACUCCAUAAUCACACUAUGUGCAUUAAACUAUAUGCAUGAAACCUCUUUGCAUGGAUUAAUGGGGCCUAGCCUUGUGGCACUCAGUUGAGGUAUACCCAGCCCUGCCACUAUUGGCUGCCUGCAUAUACCACGAGAAAACCUAAGUAUACUGUGUGUGUACCUGUGAGGAGAAAACUUUUUUUCCAGUUUGAAGGUGUAUGUCAAGGGGGAAGGUCCAUUAUAUCUCUAUUUGGACACCUGAGCAUGUACAAAAUUCUAAUUUAAUUUACUGGCCAACAGGUCCACCCAAGGAGAAAUCAUUGAGACUUACAGAAGAAGUAUACUAUCAACUUAAAAUGCUAUUUUCUGCCAUCAUUUCCAAAUAUGUACUUCAUGGUUUUCUAAAUCUUAAAUGUUAGUAUGAAAUACCAACCAAUUUUGGGGUUUUCUGUCCAAAAGUAUCAGAUUAAUAAUGGAAAUGGAUCAUUUUUCAGUUGUUCAUUGUGUGUUCAAUCAAUCCAGAGAACUACUAUAUGCAUAAAUGAGCUGAAGUCAUCUAAUUAGAAUUGCAGUUUAUUUGCUUUGAGUAAUAAAAGCAUACAUGCAUUUAAUCUCACAA